CCCUUCCCCUCCCCGCAUCGAUCGACACGCACGCACGCACGCACGCACCGGCAUCGCACGAGCGAACCAAACCCUAGCUAGCUAGCUAUCGAGCUAGCGCGGCCGCGAGCCCCCGCCGACGUCCCCGGCUGAUGGUUUCGAUGAGCACCACGCCCAAGCCGCUCGACGCCACCGCCGCCGCCGCCGCCGUCUCGGGCGACGGGGGAGGAGGAGGAGGGGGAGGAGGAAAGGAGAAGGAGAAGCAGGUGGGGGCUGUGGCUGCGCCGCUGCAGCCGCCGAUGGCCGUGCCGGCGCCGGUGGCGGGGGAGGAGGCGAGGAAGGUGAGGAAGCCGUACACCAUCACCAAGUCGAGGGAGAGCUGGACGGAGCCCGAGCACGACAAGUUCCUCGAGGCGCUGCAGCUGUUUGAUCGUGAUUGGAAAAAGAUCGAAGCAUAUGUUGGCUCAAAAACUGUGAUACAGAUAAGAAGUCAUGCACAGAAGUACUUCUUGAAGGUUCAAAAAAAUGGUACAGGUGAACAUCUGCCUCCACCCAGACCAAAGCGGAAGGCUGCUCAUCCAUACCCUCAGAAGGCCUCUAAAAAUGCUCGUGCAGUUUCACAAGCUGCUAUAUCGCAACCUCCUCCUCUAGGGGAACAAGAUUGUGUUAUGUCCAUGGAUACAUCUCCUGUCAUCAGAAAUGUAAAUGCUAGUGCUGCAGUACCCUCCUGGGAUAAUGCUAUUGCUCAACCUUUCAGUGCAAGUCGCACACAAGGUACAGGUGCUGUUGCAACAAAUAACUGCUCUAGUAGCAUAGAAAGCCCAUCUGCAACUUGGCCAACUUCUGAAGCUGUUGAGCAAGAAAAUGUGCUUCGACCACUACGUGCUAUGCCAGAUUUUGCGCAAGUAUACAGCUUUCUGGGAAGCAUAUUUGAUCCAGAUACUAGUGGGCAUUUGCAGAAGUUAAAGGCGAUGGAUCCAAUUGAUGUUGAAACGGUACUAUUACUGAUGAGAAAUCUAUCCAUGAACCUAACUAACCCCGACUUUGAGGCACAUCUGAGGUUGCUGUCAUCGUGUAAUUCUGGAAGUGACCAAAUUAAGUCUGAAGGCAUGGAAAAUCUUGGAUCUCUGCAGAGUUGCCAUCUUCCGUUCAUGGUAACAAGUGAAUGAGGGAGAACUUCCUAUCUGCGGACGAAGCUUCAGUUGUUUCCGCAAGACGUUCUUGUGUGCUCUUUGUACUGGAAUUGUGGACGGCUGGUCUGGCAGUUUAUCAACGCUAGCACGUGUUGUGGCCGUGGCAUCUGUAUAGCUUCCAAUAAUGCUCUAACCCUAGGCCUAGUUUUGCUCAUCAAUCCAUGUUUAUGUAGAUAGACAGUUUUGUGUGCUCAGCAAUUCUUUUUCCCACGGGUGGGGCAUGGCUAGAAAUGUUUUUGUAUGUGUACAUCUAUGUAUACAUGUAUGUAAAUAUGUGUGACUAUGUAAUGCUUAAAGAUACUGUGACUGAAUGAGGUCAUAAUAUAAUAAUCCGGUGUAAUCUCUAAUGCACCCUAUUACUGU